GGAGAGGGAGAGGGAGAGGGAGAGGGAGAGGGAGAGAGAGAUCAUCCUCUGCUAUGGAAAUGGGAUCUCAGUCGUCUUGCCUUCCCAGCUGAAUUACCAGCGCCAUUACUUCCAUCGAUACCUUUGAUUCACUCACUGACUUUUCUGUCUCGUUCUCCUUCGCCUUACAGUUGAGUUUUGACUGUAGAUGGGAUUAAUCAGAAAUGGGUUACUUUUGGAUUCUUUCUUUAAUUGCCCUCCGCUCUGGAAUCCACCAUUUUUCACGUUCCUGCACACAGGGAUACCAUGGUUUUACUUUGUUUCUUUGAUUUCAACUCUGGACUUCAUCAAUUUGAAGAAUGUGGACACCGGGACUUCUAUUUGGCCUUCUAAUAGUUGCCUUCUUAGCUUGCUUUGGUCCACUUGAGAUUCUUUGAACUGAUUUGAUGGGUUCCAGAUUCCCAUCUCAUCAACUUAGCAAUGGCCUCUUCGUCUCGGGGAGGCCAGAGCAGCACAAAGAAAAGGCUCCAACAAUGAGUUCAGUGGCAAUGCCCUACACUGGUGGCGAUAUUAAGAAGUCGGGAGAACUGGGAAAGAUGUUUGAUAUUCCUAUGGAGGGCUCUAAAUCUAGGAAGUCUGGGCCCCUCAAUGUUGCUCCUACAAGGACUGGUUCCUUUGGAGGUGCUGGGACUCAUUCAGGACCCAUCAUGCCAAAUGCAGCCCCCCGGGCGGGUUAUACCACCUCUGGUCCUAUUUCUUCUGGCAUGAUGACUAGCUCAACCUCAUUCAAGAAGUCUACUUCUGGGCCACUAAACAAACAUGGAGAGCCUGUAAAGAAAGUAUCUGGCCCUCAAUCUGGUGGAGUGACACGCCAAAAUUCUGGACCUAUUCCUCCAGUUCUUCCUGCUACUGGACUCAUCACAUCUGGCCCCAUUUCUUCUGGUCCGUUAAACUCAUCUGGGGCACCUAAAAAAACGUCUGGUCCUUUGGAAUCAAUGAAUUCGAUGAAAAUAAAUGGUCCUUCGAUAGCACAAAAUCCGGCUGUGACUACCCUUAGCCCAGAUGAUGAAUAUUCUUUUGGAAAGAGCUUCCCAAAAUUAAUACUCUGGUCUGUGAUUCUCAUAUUUGUGAUGGGGCUCAUUGCUGGUAGUUUUAUUCUUGCUGCAGUCCACAAUCCUGUUCUUCUCAUUGUUAUAAUUCUACUCUUUGGAGUAGUUGCUGCAAUAUUUACCUGGAACACCUGUUUCGGAAAGAGAGCUCUUAUUGGUUUCAUUUCUCAGUAUCCUGAUGCUGAACUCCGAACCGCAAAAAAUGGGCAAUAUGUCAAAGUUUCUGGGGUUGUUACAUGUGGCAAUGUGCCACUUGAGUCAUCCUUCCGUAAGGUUCCUAGAUGUGUCUAUACAUCUACAAGUCUAUAUGAGUAUCGAGGGUGGGGUUCAAAACCAGCAAAUCCUGGACAUCGCCGAUUCACAUGGGGACUGAGAUCAUCGGAGAGACAUGUGGUAGACUUUUACAUCUCUGAUUUCCAGUCGGGAUUGAGAGCGUUGGUUAAGACGGGAUAUGGUUCUAGGGUGACCCCAUAUGUUGACGACUCUUUUGUUGUUGACGUUAAUCCAUCAAACAAAGACUUAUCUCCAGAGUUUGUCCGAUGGCUGGGAAGGAGGAAUCUUUCAAGUGAUGAUCGUGUAAUGCGAUUAAAAGAAGGGUACAUAAAGGAGGGUAGCACUGUUAGUGUGAUGGGAGUGGUUCAGAGAAAUGAGAAUGUGCUUAUGAUCGUCCCCCCGCCAGAACCAUUGACCACUGGAUGCCAGUGGAGCAAAUUAAUAUUUCCAGCUAGCCUUGAUGGUAUCGGCCUCAGAUGCGAGGACUCAUCAAAAAUUGAUGUGAUUCCUGUGUAGUUAGUUAUAUGUGCAUAAGAAAGUUGUUGAGGUAUUGCGGUUAUUAUAACGAUAUUUUGAUGAUCAGGGUGCAUCCACUGAACAACCAAAGAAGACUUCACUUCUCUUCUUGGCUUGAUGUAUAGUUUGUAUUCAUAUUCCUUCUUUUAUGUUUCUAGAGCUUGAAAUUACAUUGUUGGGUUUAAUUUGUUAUGAAGAAGAAGAACUUUAAAUCUUGGGCUGACUGGUAGUAGCAAGUAUUAUAUGAAGAAGAAAUGCAAGUAUUUUUGGUGUCA